AUGAAUUACAUAUCAUUUAUUGAUAUCUUCGGAGUAUAGUUUCGACAAUAAAUCAGUUACCAUGUAAAAAGCCAAAAAUCUCUGAUUGGAGGAAUUACAUCUCUCAUUAUUUUGAUAGCUAGUUUUGGAUAUCUAGCAUACAUUUUACAUGAAUGGAUUUCUUUUAAUUUACUUCCAAAGUUGACUAAUACAAUGAUGGCUGAUCAAACUUCAGAGUUAUUAUACUUUGAAGAUGAAUCUCUUUUUGAAUUUGCUUAUUGGAAGUACUCGAACAAAUAAGUCGAUCCCUUUAGCUAACAGAAUAAUAUCAUAACUCCAAUUGGCAUUUACUUUGACAGUGAUCAAGAAUCUUAAAAAUUUUCAUUUCUAAAUUAGAAUGAAAAGCUGUCUAAUUUUGGAACUAAAAAGUAUGGCUUAAAUCAGUUGAGAUUGUCCUAAUCUAGCAAAGGAAUAAAUGUUAGAGAAUUAAUGAUUGUCUUUGUGAAAUGCAAUCCAUUAUAUUUAUCUGCUAAUUAGAGUUGUGCAAGUGAAACGGAAAUAGAUAGUUUUUUUACAUCUGCAGUAAAUUACUUUUAAUUUGAAUUGAAUUUAAAAUAGUUUAAUUCAUAAACCUAAUAAAUCGAGACUUUCAAAAAGUCAUACUAUUUUUCUUUAGAUAAAGUAAUAGCGACGUAAAGUUAAAUAUCUUUCAAGUAAGCUCAAGCAUCUAUUGAUAACGGAAUUUUAUUUGCGUCUUUAACAAAAGAAACUUUUGUUCAAGAUGCAUAAAUUUUGACAACGUCAUCGUCUUUAGGCCUUUGGCAAGAUCUUUUAGAAAUAGACUCCUAUUUUACGAUAACUCUACGUCUUGAUCCCAUUUCAAACGAAUUGCAUAUUGUUUAUCCUAAGAUAGGAGAAGUGCUAGCCUAGGUUGGUUCAAUUGUUAACGUACUAAUGAUGUUGAAGUACAUAGUUUCAUAUUAUAAUGAAAAAAUAUUGGACAAGUGCUUUAUCGAUUAGGUUUUAAGCUUUUAUUUCACUGAUUACAAAUAACUUCACAAAUCAAAAGCAGAUUCAGAUAAAAAGGCAUGCUCUAUUUUGGUGGAACAAGCCCAAAAAAGACUUGUAUAUAUCAAUAUCAUUUAUGAACUUUCAAGAAUAUAAAUGUUUCUCUAGCAUCACUUUGGUCGUAAAAAGUUACAAGAAAGUCAUUCAUUGGGAAUUCUCUUAAAACCACCAAAUACAAACCUUAAUUAAGAUUUUGAAUAAGAAUUGAUAUCAAAUUCGUAAGAACAUUCAGAUGAAGAAAACAAAGCUUUUCUUAUUAAAGAUUUUCUCUUAUUUAGUUAACCUAAUUUAUGUUUAAAUUAAGUAGAAAAUGAUUAAGCCAAUAAAUAAAAUUCAAAAAUAUCACCUUAAUAGAAUUUUGAAUAGCAAUAACUAUGA